GGGCCCCCACUUGUGGCCUGUCUCCCCCCCACAGGCGUGUUCCGGGAGGCCACGACAGAGUUUAGCGUGGACGCCCGGGCACUGAGCACCACUGGGGGCCCCCAUGUCAAGACCCGGGUGUCCAACCCCUCGGGGAACCUGACGGAGGCCUUCGUGCAGGACCACGGGGAUGGCACGUACCGCGUGGAGUACACCCCCUAUGAGGAGGGUGAGCUGGCCCCCCUGAUCUCCCUUCCCCUGGCCGGGGCCCCUGUGCCCAAGAGCCCCUUCCGGGUGCCGGUCAGCGAGGGCUGUGACCCCAGCCGAGUCAGGGUGCACGGGCCGGGCCUGCAGAGCGGCACCACCAACCAGCCCAACCGCUUCACCGUCGAGACCAGGGGGGCUGGCACCGGAGGGCUGGGCCUGGCUGUGGAGGGCCCCUCUGAAGCCAAAAUGACCUGCACGGAUAACAAGGACGGCAGCUGCUCGGUGGAAUACGUCCCCUACGAACCCGGCACCUACAGCCUCAACGUCACCUACGGCGGGCGCCAGGUGCCAGGGAGCCCCUUCCAGGUGCCGGUGCAGGAGGUGGUGGACUCGUCCAAGGUGGUGUGUGCAGGGCCAGGGCUGAUGCCGGGCGUCGUGCGUGCCAGCGUGCCCCAGUCCUUUUCUGUGGACACCAGCCAGGCGGGCGUCGCCCCCCUGCAGGUCAAGGUGCAGGGCCCCAAAGGUGUGCUGGAGCCAGUGGACGUGGUGAGCAGUGCUGAUGGCACCCAGACGGUGACUUACGUGCCCAGCAGGGAGGGGCCCUACAGCAUCGCCGUGCACUAUGGGGACCAGGAGGUGCCGCGCAGGUAGGUGGGAGGUGGCCAGGCUGGGGGCCG